AUUUUGCCACGCCACGACCAUGAGCCAGUCAUUCUUGACCGUGGAAGACUUGAAGCUGUCGUUCUCGCUCUUUUGCUGCGUGUAUGGUAUUGGAACCCUGAGCAUGCCGGGAAACUACGCCAAGGUCGGGUACGGAUGGGCCACGGCCGCGCUCGUGUUUAUGGCGGCCGUCAACAUUUACGGCACGUUGUGCAUCUCCAAGGUGCUCCUGGUGGCCCCCAAGAGCGUGCGCACGUACAGCGACUUGGGUGAGUUCUGCCUCGGUCCCGUGGGUCGCUGGUUGGUGCUCAUCACGCACAUGUUGACGUGCAUCCUGGUGCCAAUUGCGUUUUUGGUGCUGGGUGGCAUCAUCUGCACCUACAUGUUUCCGAAUUCGUACGAGGGAGAGACAUGGAUCAUCCUCAUGGGCCUGUCGCUGCUGCCCGUGUGUUUGAUCCCGACGCUGAAAGAAGGCGCGUUCGCCGCGGCGGCGGGGGCCAUCGGCACCGUCAUCGCCGACUUCGUCGCGUUGUACCUGUUGGUGGACAACAUGAGCCCCAUCCCAGCGGGCGUGAGCACCCCGUCGCCCGACGUGAACUUCGAUCAAAUCGCGUCGGUGUUUGGUAGUUUGGCGUUGGCGUAUGGCGCGGGGAUUGUCAUUCCGUCACUGCAGCGUGAACACUCGCAGCCCGAGCGCAUGCCCCGUGUGAUCUUCUUCACGUUGGGAAUGAUUUCGGUGCUGUUUAUGGCCGUGGCCAUCUCGGGGGUGUCGGUUGUGGGGUGCCAGAUCCCAGGCAACUUGCUGUUUUCGAUCGCCGGGACCCCGACCGAGCUAGGGUUUACCGCCAACCGCGGGGGCGUGAUCUUGGCCAACUUGUUUAUGCAAUUGCACGUGACGAUUGCGUUUGGCAUCAUCAUCAACCCUGCGUUUUACAUUCUGGAGCGACUGUUGCUGGGGCUGCACCGUCAUUUGGAUGCGAUCCAGGAGAUCGAGGGCGGCGACUUUCAAGCGAACGACACCCCCAACGCCGAAGACAAGACCAUCGAGAACUCGCUCAACAAACAUGACUCGGACGAGCACGACCUCGACUCCAAGACGUACCGCCAGCCAGGUGUGUACCCCAAGGUCGCGGCGCUUCGGACCGUCGUAGUUUCUGGCACCGUGGCCGUCGCGUGUUUGUGGAAGGACCGACUGUUGGUGUUGGUGGAUUUCACGGGCGCGUCGUGUAUCGCUAUGUGCUGUAUGGUUCUGCCCAUGGUGUUUUACCUCAAGCACUUUGGCAAGAAGGUGGGCAAGUUGGAAAUGGUCUGGGCCGUCUUUGCGAUCUCCAUGUCGCUGUUUUUGGGCGGGUACGAAACGUAUCAAAAGGGCAAACCCUUGUUCAACUCCCCCGCGAAAGCCAAGGGGCCGAAGGCGUGGGAUGCGGUCAAGUUUGACUUUUGUCCUCCCGGGAGCAGCUACACCCGCAUCGUGUACACCAACGUGUCGUACCACGAAAGCUUUAAUCGCCCAAGCAGCGUGUAGUUUCAUUUUAUAUAGUCGAACAGUGUUUGUGGUUUUUGAUUUUCGACUUGGUAGCCAUGUUUUGCA